CACGAAGGAUUCGGCCACCCUCUCAAAUUCUUGCGCAACUUCGUGCUUUUUUUUUUUUCUUCAUUUCCUUUUUCCUUUUUCUUUUUUUUUUGAGAAAAUCCCCAUGGCAAUGACAGCUCACUCCACCGGACGGCUGCCGGAGUCCUCUUCCUCUUGCCGGCAAGCCGUUAUGCCGGCCCGACACAGGUAUCGCCCGUGCAGUCUGUCCAUGAACGGGUGCAGAAGGGAAGGAGUGGCGGUGCCGGUGGGCAUCUGCGAGACCCGGACUCUCCCCGCGGUCUCCGCUCCCGAGUCGGCGGUAUCGGAGCUUAAGUCGGCGAUAUCCGCUUUGGUGGAUGCGGACCCGCCUCCCUCCACCUCCGGCAUCAUCCGCCUCCAGGUCCCGAUCCGGCAGAGGGCGGAUGCCAUCGUUUGGCUCCACGCGCAGCACCCUCUCCCUCGCUGCUACUUCUCCGCCAGAUCUCAUCCGAGCCUCUCCGUGCCUUUGUCCUUGAGGGACGGAAAUGGAAGGCGGUUCCUAAGCUCGGAGGACGAGGACGUCGUCAGCGUCGCCGGUGUGGGUUCCGCGGUCUUCUUUCACGGUUCUGAUCCUUUCUCCUUGGACGACUGGCGCUGCAUCAAAAGAUUUCUCUCAAAGGAUUGUCCUUUGAUUCGUGCUUAUGGUGGUAUUCGUUUUGAUCCGAGAACAAAUGUUUCUCCUGAAUGGAAGAAUUUUGGUUCAUUUUACUUUGUUGUUCCACAGGUUGAGUUUGAUGAGCUUGAAGAAAGUUCGAUGCUUGCUCUGAAUAUUGCAUGGGAUAACACUCUUCUUUGGACAUGGCAAAAAGCAAUUAAUGGGGUUCAAGCUACAAUGAACCAGAUCGCCCCCUGUUUCUGUAGAUUAAGGAAUCUAUUCCCAGGAACAGCCAUUAUUGGCUUUAAUCAUGUUCCGACAAAAGCAUCUUGGGAUAUUUCUGUCAAAAAAGCCCUGCAGAUAAUAAAAAGAAGAAAUUCAGAACUGGUGAAGGUUGUACUUGCAAGGUGUAGUAGAUAUGCUACUGAUACUAGCAUUGAUCCUGUAUCACUUUUAGCUUGUUUAAAGCAGGUUGAAGGCCAAAAUGCUUACCAGUUCUUUAUUCAGCCACCUGAUGCUCCAGCAUUUAUUGGAAAUACUCCAGAGAAAUUAUUUCAUCGAAAAUACUCCAAUAUUACAAGUGAGGCUUUAGCUGGAACUCGCGCUAGGGGUCUUACAAAGGUUGAAGAUCUUCAAAUUGGUCAAGAUCUACUUUCAAGUCCUAAAGAUAAUAAUGAAUUUACAAUAGUACGGGAAAGCAUUAGAAGAAAGAUGGAGAUAACUUGCAAUGAGGUGCUCGUUGAACCCAGUAAAGCACUUCGAAAACUUCCUAGAGUACAACAUUUAUCUGCAGAGUUAUCAGGGACACUAAGGAAUGAAGAUGAUGAGUUUGACAUCCUAACAUGUCUCCACCCAAGUCCAGCAGUUUGUGGAUUGCCUACGGAAGAGGCACGCCAAUUUAUAGAAGAAAAUGAGAUGUUUGAUCGAGGUAUGUAUGCUGGGCCUGUUGGUUGGUUUGGAGGAAGAGAAAGUGAAUUUGCUGUUGGGAUCAGAUCAGCUUUAGUGGGAAAGGGUGUUGGCACAUUGGUUUAUGCUGGUGCUGGGAUUGUUGAAGGAACCAACUCAUCCUUGGAAUGGGAUGAACUAGAUCUAAAGGCAUCCCAGUUCACAAAGUUGUUUCAACAUGAAGUACCUCGCGCUUGCUAUCAAGAGAUGAACACGGGCUCUGUCAACUGAACAGGCAGGGUUCUGGAGGUGAUUGAUAGCUUGGCUGGUUCAGCUUUCUCCCUUUCGCGAUAGACGCGCAUGACGAAAUCUGGCAAUUAAAAUUUGUUGAUUGAGCUAAUGAAGAAGGAUUUGCUUUCCCCUGGGAAAUUUGCAAGCUUUCUAGUCAGCAUAUAUUUAUAAUAACUUAAACUAUCGUGUAUGUGCGGACGCUGUGAUAUGUUAGGUAUAUUCUAUUGUAAAUAUUUUGCAUAUGUUUUGGUUUGCUUUGAUAAUAGUGGCGUACUGCAGUAGCGCCCUAUGUUACUAAAAUUUGAUUUGGUGCUUCUGCUUCA